AUGUUGUGGGGUCAUUUGGAGCAAUUGGUUAAAAUUGGGAAGCUAAAGCAAUUCUUGUAUCAACCCAAUGAGCAUAGUAGUCAGGCAGGGUUAGGGGCUCAAAGAGACACUUCUAUAAGACCCUUUUUAGGUACAAUUAAAGUCAUUCUUGCUACUUCAGAGAGAACGGGUUCUCGGCCAUCCAGGGUGCUAUCAAUAGCUCAGCCAUUUAUCGAAGACUUACCUCCUGAUUCGAAGAGGAGUAGAGUGGAGGUCCGACCAACUUUAAGCUUCUCCAAUGAGGAUAAAGUUGGAACCUUGCAACCACACAAUGAUGCCCUGGUGGUUACCCUCAGGAUAGGAGGAUAUGAUGUAAAGAGGGUGCUGAAAGAUCAAGGCAGUGGUGCAAAGAUCAUGUAUCUUGACCUAUUUAGGGGACUAAAGCUGGGGCUCGAGGAUCUAACCUGCUAUAACUCCCCUCUAAUAGGGUUUGAUGGGAAGAUUGUCUUCCCGAGGGGCCAAAUUAGACUACCUAUUCAGGCAGAGUCAGAAGUCGUGGAAGUGAAUUUCAUCGUAGUAGAUACCUACUCCCCCUAUACUGCUAUUGUGGUAAGACCUUGGCUUCAUGCCCUGGGAGCCAUGUCUUCCACCCUUUACUUGAACGUGAAGUACCCAUCGGGGGACCGGGUCGAGGAGCUAGUCGGAAGCUAG